AUGGCGAUGGUGAGCAGAGAGAAAAUGCGAGCCAACCAGCCAGCCAGGGACCAGCUAGAGAAGGGCCAACUAGUCAGAGGUGAUCAAGACAAGCCUUCACUCUCUGCCUGGCCAAGCCAUGUGGUUCCUCAGGGACAUCAUGUGGAAUUUCAAUGUGACUAUCAUAGUGACUAUUAUAUAUUCAAGUUGUACAAAGAACAUAGUAACCUUAUCUCUCAGAUCCAUGGAAGAUCAUUCACAGGGAAAUUUGUCUUGGGUCCUGUGACACCAGCAUAUGCAGGAACAUACAGAUGCUAUGGUUUUAAUUAUCAAUCCCCUAAUGAAACUUCUGCAUACAGUGACCCUCUGAAGAUCAUAAUUUCAGGAAUCUACAGUAAGCCUGUCCUGUUGGCCUUACAAACUCCCCUGGUGAAUUUAGGAGCGAAGGUGAUACUGGCGUGUCAAUCACAGAUUAUGUUUGAAACCUUCAUUUUGACUUCACACAGAAAAGGAACAAUCAAGGACUCUCUCCAGCUUUCUGCAGAACAUCAUCUUGGGGGUUCCCAGGCCAACUUCAAAAUAGGUCCUGUGACACCUGACCAUGCUGGGACGUACACAUGCUAUGGUUCUUACAGUCACUCACCAUAUGAGUGGUCAGACUCUAGUGACCCCAUUGACAUAAAGAUCACAGGUUUGUACAAGAAACCUUCUCUGUCAGCCCUGAUGGGCCCUGUGGUGAUGUCAGGAGAGAACAUGACCUUGUCCUGCACCUCUGACUAUCAGUUUGACAUGUUCCAUCUGUCCAGGGAUGAAGUGCCUCAGGGGCAUGGGCUGCCUGAAUUUCAGAGUAACAAUAGGACAUUCCAGGCCAACUUCCAUCUUGGUCCUGUGAUGCAGACAGGCAACUAUAGAUGCUAUGGCUCUUUCAGUAACUCAUCCCAUGUAUGGUCAUCUGCAAGUGACCCAUUGUACCUUCCUGUCACAGAUAACCACUGGAACAUGUAUAUUCUGAUUGGGCUGUCAGUGACCAUGAUCCUUGUUGUCCUCCUCCUCAUCACCCUUCGUUACUUGCUUAUUAUGUGAGUUUAAUUACAUCCAUCACCUAAAAAUGCAGCCAUUAUGGACCAAGAGUCUGAAGUGAGAGCAACACUGAACAGACAGGACCCUGAAAGACAAGAAGUGAUGGAAGUGACAUAUUUAAAAUUUGAUAAGAUGAUCUUUAAACAAGAACUGACCACUCCCAAUUCCCAGGGUCCCACGGAAUUUUCCACAGAUCCCAGUGUGUACAUGGAAGCCAGAAAAAAUGAUAAACUGAAAAGAUUGUCUGUACCCACAUGA